GGUGAUGUCAGGGAGGCCGCCUGUAUAAAGCGGCCAUUUGGGGAGCGGCGCUCAGUCUGGCGCGGCUGCCGGACGAAGCGGGGCGCCUGGAUGUUGCUGAUGGGGAGAAAGGAGAAAUUAACAUUUGAAACCCGAUAGAUCGAGGAGGUUUUCCCUUCCCCCUUCCCCACCCCCCUUCCUCAGCCUGGGUUUUUUUUUUUGUUUGUCCCAAGAUGGUGAAGAUCUUCGUGGGCAACCUGCCGGGCGCCUGCGACGCGGCCGAGCUGCGCGGCCUGUUCGAGAAGUACGGCCUCGUGAACGAGUGCGACGUGCUGAGCAACUACGCCUUCGUGCACAUGGAGAAGGAGGCGGAGGCCAAGCGGGCCAUCGCCGAGCUGCACCGCCGGCCGCUGCACGGCUCGCCGCUGACGGUGGAGCUGGCCACGGCCCGGCUGCGCAACGCCACCAAGCUGUACGUGGGCAACGUGGCGGAGGCGGCCAGUACCCGCGAGCUGCAGCGGCUCUUCGAGGCCUACGGCCGGGUGGUGGAGUGCGACAUCGUCAAGAACUACGCCUUCGUGCACAUGGAGAAGGAGCGCCAGGCCCUGGAGGCCAUCCGCGGCCUCAGCGGCACCGAGCUGGCCGGCCAGCGGAUCUACGUGCAGCUCUCCAAGUCCAACCCGGUGCGGGGGGCCUUCCCCCCUCCGCCGCCGCCUCCUCAUCCCGCGCAGCCGCUGCCCGGCCCGCCGCUCCUGCCCCCGCCGGGCUUCUUCCCCCCUACCCGCCGCCUCCCCUUCCCCCCUCCUCCUCCGCCGCCGCCGCUCCCCUCUACUCCUCCUCCUCCUCACCACCACCCGCUGGCCGCCCGCUACUACCGCUACGACCCCUACGGCCGCCGCCUCUUGCCUCCGCCCCCUCCACUGCCCCCUCUCCCCCUGCCGCCUCCUCCUCCUCCUCCCCCUCCCCCUUAUUCCCGGGACCCCCACCGCCGGCCGCCGCUGCCCCCUCCUCCUCCUCCUCCCCCUUACCUGCGAGGCCCCCCCCUCCGCUGCAGCCAGGACGGCCGGCUCAGCAACGGCUACGGGGGGAAGCUUUGGGGCUAUUGAGGUUUCUGCUUUUUGUGUGGUGGGGGGGUUGAGGUGGGAAGGGCAGGCAGGGUGCCUCCCCUCCUCUCCCCUCCUGGGGAGGCUGCAAGAUGGGUAGUGGCUGGUCGUGGCCAUUGCUUCUCCUCUCCCCACGCCCUCUGCCUAGGGGAAACCACUACAGCUCAAGUUAAGGCACAAGGGUGUACUCCCUGUGGGGUAGUGGGUUUGCCAAUAUAACUCAAGGUUGUACACCCUGGGGUUAGAAGGUUUACCCUGAUAACCCAAGGUAGGAUACAUUGGGGUUGGAGUGGUGGAUGGUUUGCGAGGCCAUUAAUAUCACGGACAGUGGCUUUGAUAGUACAAAACUUGGAAUAUUGCUGAACAGGGACAUAUUGCUGAAACAUUUGGCCUUGGCACUCGUCAAGACAAAUGCAAGAAUGCCAAAUUUCAAAUGAUCAUUGUUCCUUGGGUGUUCACCACUGGCUGAACAAUCCUGAGUACGCUAAUAGCCACACAGCCAAUUUAAGAUGAACAGCCAAGCUUGUAACGUGGCUCACUUACACUCUCUAGAAUCAAUGUAAGUUCAUACUCAAGGACCUGUUCUCUGCAAACAAAAGGAAUAUGUUUUAUCCUUGCGCCUUUUUUAAAUUACCCAGGGCUCCCUGUUGCUUUCUUAAUGGCAACACCUCAGCCAAUCGGCAAUCUUUUUUCCUGUGGUAUAAAUUGUUUUGAUUGUUUGAAAUUUGGCAUUCUUGUUUGUCCUGAUGAAUGCUCCUCAAGAACCUUCAGCAACAUGUCUUUCUUUACAGCAAUACUAACAUUUCGCCUCUUAACCCCCACUCCCAAAAACCUCUGCUGUCAGUAUGCUUUGGGUGCUAUUGUGUGAAACUCACCCCCAGUAUUUUAUAGGGAAUGAUCCAUGUCUAAACAGCAGCCAGUGACAUCUGGCCAUUGCAGGAUUUGGCACUGUUGGAUGUACGAAGCCAGCCAUGGGCCUCCACUCAGUUUAAUCCUCUUUUUCUCUUUGUUUUAAGACGUUCUGCAGGUUUGGAUCCUAGGCGCCAACAAGAAGACUUGACUUUUCAUCGCAACCCCUGGAGACAAUGCGUCCUGUCAGCUACAGGGGCAGAUUAGGGUGGGAUUUAGUUGGGGGUUGGAGCGAGCGAAGGGGGGGUGGUGCGCUUAGGGUUAGUCAUUGGGGCGGUCAGAGCUCAGUGUCACCACUUUGCUGCAGCCCCAUGUCUCGUCUGUCUCUCAUAUUGUGUUCCCUGUUCCUUUCUGCAUUCCCCACUCCAGCUAGCAAUUUGUACGUGGGUUGGGGUUAGUAACUGAAGCCUCGCCGUUGUAAAGUAUCUCGUUGGACUGGCAUCGGAGGGGGUGAUACCGAGCCCAGAGUGGCUGCCAAAAUGGCUUUAUUCUUUAAAAUGGACCGCCGCUGUACGUUUGUUUAUGCCCGUGAUUCGUGAACUGUAACUCAUGCUUCGUUUUAUCGGGU